UAACAAAAGCUUUGGCGCCAAAACCCUAAAAUUCCCUAUUUUUUCAUCAUUUUCACCAACAUUUGUUCAUUGUUAACCUACUGCCUAUUGGUCUACAGAUCUUGUAUGGAGUCGGAGGGUACAGAUGACUACGAGACCUUGAUUUCCACCACCGACGCCGAUCUCCUGAAGCGUUCAUGGCGCAACGAGAAGGCUGCUCCAGAGAUUCUUCAAUUUCAGUCUUCUUUGGUUCAGAGAUCCAGAGAGCAGAUUCAAUUGAUGGAAGAAACAGUGGAAGAACUUGUAGCGAAUGAUGAGGAUCCGCUUACUGUUUCUCUUUAUCAAAUGGAUAUUGACAGGACUUUGUUUUUGUUGAGGUCCUAUUUAAGGACUCGUCUUCAGAAGAUUGAGAAAUUCAUGUUUCAUAUCCAAAAAACUGAGGAUCUUUGGGCUAGACUGUCUAGACAGGAACAAAAGUUUGCCAAACAGUCCAUUGAAGACUUGAAAACACAUUUAGAACAAUCUGUGUUAUCCAAAUUGCCUGAUCGUUAUCAGUCUCAUUUGAAGCAAUCUGUCAUUAGCGAAGAGGCUGACAUGGUUCCAGAACCGAAAUUGGAUGCAUUUGUCAUCUGUAGAACCAGGAAAUUUUUAGGAUCUCUUCCGGUGGAUGACAGCGGAGAAGAAAACCCACUGGACAUGUAUGCAGGGGACAUAUAUGCACUCCGUUACAAGUCGAUUAAACCACUAAUCGAAAGCGGUCAACUUGAUUUGGUUUGACUUUUUUUGUUGGCUGGACUUUUAAUUUUUUUUUUUUUUUAUCUUGGUUUGACUUUGGGUUCCCAUGUAACUUAUGAUGUGAUCUGAACAUGGUGUAGUGUUUCUAUUUGUUCUUCUGUUAGCCUUUUGAGAGUAACUAUCUGGUAAUUUAUGUGUCAUAUGUUUAGUUUUGAAUAACUUUAUUAUGAUAAUGGAUGAUCAUUUUA